ACUUGUGUUUUGCCGUUACUAUUGCACCAUUUAUUUUUUUUGUUGCAACUACUGCCUGACUUGCUUACUUGUCUCAAGUGACGACUUUAAGUCAACAAUCCUUGAAAACGGCGGCAUUAUUCAAGAUUGUACGUGCCAAAAAAAAUUCAGAGAAUUAACCAAUGAAAAUGAUUGCACUGGGUCGAAGAUAGUAAGAAAUGAUAAAACGUAGCGUUUAAGAAAUUCGAAAAAGUAAUGCAUUUUUUUAUUGUUGCUAUUGUUUGUUGUGUUUUUUUUUUCAGAGAACUAAACAAUAUAUGAAAUAUUACUACAAGACAAUCUACAAGGAUGAGAAUGAGGAUCUACCAACAUCAGAGUACUGUCUCUUCUUUCCAUUUUGGGAUAUAAUUACAUUUUUGUCGGAUAUAUGUACUUCAAUUGGGACUUUUUUAAUAGUUUUUAAUGAUCAGCAUGGCGAAUGGUUGCUCGAGGAAUUAGAUUUAUACAUCAUGUUGUUGGGACUAGGUUGUUUGCUAGCAUGGCUAAGUUUACUGAGGUUCUUCGAGUUUUAUUCAAGAUUCAACUUGUUAUUUAGAACGAUAUACAAAUCAUGUCCGGAUAUCAUUACUUACCUUAUUUGUGUAAGUGUGUUGUAUGUCGGUUUCCUUUUCUGUGGUUAUAUCGUCAUGGCCCCGUACCAUGUCAAGUUUAAAACACCGUCAGAUGCCGCAGAGACGUUGUUUUCUAUUAUUAAUGGUGACGAGAUAUUCACUACACUGGCACUACUGGAGUCCGAUAAGAGUGGUGGUAACUGGGUAUGGUGGUUUUCAAGGUUUUACGUUGGAGCAUUCGUUGCUAUAUUUACAAUUCUUGGCAUCAACCUCUUUAUAGCUCUCUUCCUGAAUGCAUAUGAAUCAAUUAAGAAAUGUCAACAAGGGGAACGAGAAUUUGGUCCGAUUGGAAAAUUGCUUAACCUUGUUCUUAAACAAGAACAGAAUGAACAUAAUUUGCACAAAGUGCUAUAUAAUACAAUGAAUAACACGAACGAGAACGACGCUUUACUGAAACGGGAACUUUCCAAAUACCUGCACAUUCCAGAAGGAAAACCACAACUGGUGUUAAUCAAAAGGAGGGGAACUUUACAAGCGUUUAUAAAGGACGGCGGGGACGGAGAUGAGACGUUAUGUAAAAGUGAUAAAUGCGGAAGUGUUACGUGCUACUGGGAUCUUUGUUAGAAUGUUAGAGGAUAACAAAACAAAAUUAGAUUUCAGGUUGCAGUGUAAUAGCGUAUCAUGUAUCAUAGUAUUAUAAAACCAGUAAUUAUCAUUUACAUUCUGAAACCUUUUAGGUUAAUUGUAGUUUUCCGGCAUAAUCAAGUUGCAGUUUGUUAUUUCAUAACUGUAGUGCGCUUAUUCC